UUUUUUAAUUCUAUAAAAUAAAGAUUAUUAUUAUUAAAUUAUUUUGGACCAAUUUUUGAUUUUAUUGGAAAACUAAAGAGUGACCACUGGUAGCAACCUAAAUAGUAGAGAUUAAUGAAACUCUUAAAUCUGUGCAGAUGCCUACACAAUUGUACAUAGAAAAUAAACUCCAUAUAAUUUACCAUUAAAUCAACAUAUAAAAUAGUACAAACAAACGAACGGAACAGAAUUUUAAGAUAUGUCAAGAAUGUGUCUGUGCGUAUGUAUCUGCACAUACCGCUGGUGUUGCGCCGUAUUAUGCGGUUCGAAUAGAAGCAGUGCCCCCGCCAUGCGGGGUUCCCACUCUUCUGACCUUACUAAUUCUACUAAUAUUCGGCCCCCGCAAGUGCAAGACGCGAGCAACGAAGUUAAUAAUAAAAAGGAAUCUACACGGGAUCUUGCUCUUGGAGUCACAAAGGAAGUUUUAGAGUUAUGGAAAAAUAAAAAGACGAAAAGUAAAGAAACCAAAGAUGUGGAAGAAACUAGUUCAAAAAAGAAAGUAAACAAGUAAAGUUUAACAACUUAAA